AUGUCAUUAUGGAGUUGUGAGUUGUCGAGUUGUCCGUUUGUUCAGUUUCGUUCACGGAAGAACAAUGAAAAGAAGGCCACAGAUGCUGACGGCCUCGAUGAUUAUAUCAGUGACGAUGAAACCACCGCGGCCCCGAUACCACGCGAUAGCACGACGCAGCAGGAGGAUGAACAGGACGAAGAAGAUUUAUACGCCAGCGCCACUCAACAGUCGGAACGCGAUCCGAUUCAACACACCCUUCCGACUGAAGGUCCAACACCGGAUCCCAGUGCAUGGCAAGCGGCAGAGGACCUUUUGAGUGAUGUUGCAGCGGAUAUCAAAGGGAAGGGAAAGGCGCGCGAUAUGGAUCCCCCGCCUCCAGUCAUCCCUACUAUCCAUUCGCCACAAUAUUCGGAAGCCGAAGACGACGUCCAAAUCCCCGGGCUCUCGCAAAACCGCUCCCACCGCGUAUUCUCACUAGAUCCCGCGUUCGAAACUCAGGAAUCGCUCGCUGGGCCUUCGCGGCUGCCGUCGGUGAGCGUCACAGCGGAUCAGGAAGAUAUAUAUCAAGAUCAGGCUUCGCUUUGGUCCAGUUUAGGUCGGGCUGCACCACAAGAGCCUGAGUCUUCAAGUUCUUCAUGGUGGCAGGAUCCCCAUACAAUGUCUGGCCUUCUAGAUUUCAACGAACCACCUGCCUCGACCUCUGAUUCUUCGCACCGAGGAGUACAAGAUCCAAUCCCCAUUCUUCCAUCAUCAAAUAUUGCAUCGACCUCAAAUCAUCAGUGGGAGCAGGGGCCAUCUCCAGGACAAACCUCAUUUCCUCAGCAGGAAAGUGUCCCCCAUUUCCUGCUUGACAAUGACGACUUGCCAAUGGAAGUAGCUUCUGAGUUGGGCGACAUCCCAAUGAUUGGUCCUGAACUCGAGGAGGACUAUCCAAUGUGCGAUGAUGAGGGAUACACCUGUGAGCAGAUCUUUGGAUCUGGGGUGGAGAUCCCUGAGGGGAAUUUCGGAGAGGCCGUGUGGAUCCAAGCGCAACGGUACCUUCUGCAACAACAAAUGAUACAACAGCAGGAGCACCAACAUCAACAACAGAUCUUGUACGAGGAACUGUACAGACAACAACAAAUCAGGCUGCUAGAGCGACAGCAAUACGAGGCGCAGAUGGCGACUAUGUGGGAAGCUUCACUAGAAGGCCGGCUGGAGCGGGCAACCAGGUUCUGGAACUCAAUUCCAGCGCUUCCAAGGCCACCCACCGCGACGCCGCCAACCGUCGCAUCUUCAGCGGCAACCCUUCCUCCGUCUGAGCCGACUCCGAGUCAGCCUAUUGAGAAGGGCAUGAGUGCAGCGCAGCGUGAAUACAAGAGGAUGAUGGAUCGCGAAAACGUCGAUCGUGACCUCCGAAGGAGGUUCCCCUAUUCCAUUGCGGCUUCAAUGGGUCCUUCCAAGUUUGCCUACCUGCAAAGAAGUCUGCGAGUCCUGUCGACGUCGCCCAUGAACACACUCAUGUUAUCCCGCCGCUCCUUUAAGCCAGCUCCCCUACCUGCUACCCUCCCCAAGAAGUCUGUUCCCCCCCAACGGCCUACAAAUUCGCACGUAUAUGGAACGCCCGCCGUGCGCAAACUUCAUGAAGAAAUGAAAAGGGCAGAAAAUGAAAGAUUGGCAAGGCUCUCUGCCAAUUCUCUUGGAAAACGAAGGAUGCGCGUCUCCGAUGACUCGGAUUCUGACGAUGCCAUUGAGAGACCAUCAAAGCGCGUCCGGGCCGACGACCUCUCCGCUUCGUCCUCCACCCACAACAACGGCAAGGUUCCUUCUAACAAACCGUCCAAGAAGAAAUCAAACUCGUCGCCUUCAAAGUCUACAUCAAAGUUUAAAAUGUCUACCAGUAAAGCUUCGAUGAAGAGGUUUGUACGAGAUGCCCGUGCACCAUCCCCUCCCUGCCUGCCGCCCACCUCGUCUCUGUCCAAUACUCUCUUUCCCAAUGAGCCAUUGGAAAUUAUCUCAAGGGACCAUGUCUCGGACUACUCUUCCUCAGAUCGCGCCCGGGCCUUCGAGAAUCGUGUUAACGAGAUGAAAAAUGGGCCACUUUAUAGUGCCCUUCGUCGACCUUCACCGUCAUCCGCCUCUUCAAAUCGCUCUAAAAAAAAGGUGACAUUUGCUCUUCCUAAUCUCGAGGACGGCGAUGAAGAAGACUCAGACACGGAUGUCGCCGGGGACGACACAAGGAAUAAUAGGAACACCGUUGAAGUGAAGACAAGAAUAUGUGCAAAAUUCUUGUCUUCAAUUGCGAUAAUGUUUAGGUUUGGUCGCUUCGCAUAA